AUGAACGGGCAACUGCAGUCCAACCCAGAUAUAUUGUCUACCCUAAAAGACAUACCGUCAGCCUCCCAUAACGGCAAUUGGGUCGUACAGAAAUUUGGGGGCACGAGCGUUGGCAAGUUCGCUCACAAUAUCAUUGAUCAGGUUGUCCUUCCAAGUCUAUCACACAACAAGGUUGCUGUGGUUUGCUCUGCGAGGAGCAGUUCUACGAAAGCUGAAGGCACCACGAAUCGCUUACUCCGAGCCGCACGCGAUGCAGAGAAUUCUCAGUCCAAACAAUAUCUUUCAUUUGUCGAGGCCGUCCGGUUGGAACAUGUCGACGUCGUCGAGAGCCAGAUCAAUUCUGCUGAACUCAGGACGCAGCUUACCUCAGCGAUCAACGCCGAAUGCGAACGGGUCCUCAAGGUCCUGGAAGCUGCUCAGACUCUUGGCGAAAUCAGUGCGCGUUGUGUGGAUAAAGUGAUAAGCACCGGAGAGAAGUUGAGUUGCCGCCUGAUGGCCGCAUUCUUACAGGAUCGAGGAGUCGACUCGGAGUACGUCGACCUGUCUGAAAUCGUUGAUUUUCACAUUUCAGGUCAAGGCCUUGACCAAGAGUUUUAUGACAAUCUUGCGGCUGCUCUUGGUCGCAAGGUACAUGCCUGCGAAAAUAAAGUUCCAGUCAUCACGGGAUAUUUUGGAACGAUACCGGGAGGCCUUCUCGAUCAGAUCGGGCGUGGAUACACUGAUCUUUGUGCUGCUCUGGUCGCCGUUGGCGUACAGGCUGGGGAACUUCAAGUAUGGAAAGAGGUUGAUGGGAUUUUCACUGCGGACCCCCGGAAAGUGCCAACCGCCCGUCUUCUACCAGCGAUAACACCCGCUGAAGCCGCGGAGUUGACUUUUUAUGGCUCGGAGGUGAUCCAUCCCUUCACAAUGGAACAAGUUAUCCGUGCCAAAAUACCCAUCCGGAUAAAAAAUGUUAUGAAUCCGAAAGGCGACGGAACCGUGAUAUUCCCAGAUUCCACCUAUGAGUUGGAAAGGACGACGCCCGGCCACGAUCCGAGACUAUUCCGUACAAGGAGCCCUAGCCUUCUUCAACGCCCUAAGCGCCCAACCGCUGUUACCAUCAAGCACAACAUCCUCGUCAUUAAUGUUCAUUCCAACAAGCGGUCUCUCUCUCAUGGAUUCUUCGCAGGAAUAUUCUCGGUUCUCGACCGUUGGAAGCUGUCGAUUGAUCUGAUAUCGACCAGCGAAGUCCACGUGUCAAUGGCUCUUCACUCAGAAAGGCCGCUUCUGAAUGGUGUUGGGAGGGAUGAAUAUCAAAUCAUCGACGAAGAUUUGAAGGGAGCUUUGAGUGAUUUACAGAGAUAUGGUACCGUCGAUAUAAUUCCUGGGAUGGCUAUUCUUAGCCUUGUCGGAAAGCAAAUGAAGAACAUGGUUGGAGUGGCUGGGCGCAUGUUCUCUACUCUGGGAGAGAACAAUGUCAAUAUUGAGAUGAUUUCUCAAGGUGCAAGCGAAAUCAAUAUUUCAUGUGUCAUUGAAGAACGAGAUGCGGACCGUGCACUCAACAUAAUACACACAAGUUUAUUUACGUUCCUAGAUUAG